AUGAAGACUCUCCUUUUCCUUGGGCUCCUCCUCCUUUCCAUCACCGUCCAGGGCAAGAUCUUUGAAAGGUGUGAGCUGGCCAGAACUCUGAAAAACCUUGGGCUGGCUGGCUAUAAGGGCGUCAGCCUGGCAAACUGGGUGUGUUUGGCCAAGUGGGAAAGUAAUUAUAAUACAAGGGCUACGAACUACAAUCCCGGAAGCAAAAGCACUGAUUAUGGGAUAUUUCAAAUCAAUAGCCGCUACUGGUGUAAUGAUGGCAAAACGCCCAGAGCAGUGAACGCCUGUCACAUAUCCUGCAGCGCUUUGCUGCAAGAUGACAUCACUCAAGCCGUAGCAUGUGCAAAGAGGGUUGUCAGUGAUCCAAAUGGCAUUCGAGCAUGGGUGGCAUGGAGAGCACACUGUGAAAACCGAGAUGUCUCUCAGUAUGUUCGGAAUUGUGGAGUGUAA